GCUUAACAAUAUAAUAUUAACACAUCAUAUUUCGAAUCAUAGUGAUUAUAAAUGGUUUUGAUGAUUUAUUCCAAACAUUGCGAUCGGUGCUGGUGAACUGAAGUAAAGGAAAGAAUGAGAAACCGAAACUUUUCAAAUGUUUCCCGCCUCUAAAUUGAAAACAUUAUUCUUUCGAAUCUUUUAUGGAUUAAAUUUAAAUUGUGGACUAAACAUAGAUUUAUAAAAUGAGUAAAAAUCCUAACAAACAAGUUUUAGAUUAUAUGGUUCAACAAAACAGGCCUUAUAGUGCUAUUGAUAUUUUUAAUAAUUUACACAAAGAAAUAGGUAAAACUGUUGUUCUAAAAGCUUUAGAUCAUCUUGUAAGUGAAGGUAAAAUCCGAGAAAAAAUGUAUGGCAAACAAAAGAUUUACUUUGUUGAUCAAAAGGAAUUUUCUGAGUUUGAAAACGUUGACCUUAAGAAAAUGGAUUCAGACAUAAUCCAGCUGACUAACACUUUGAAUGAACUUCAACAACAGCUUAAAGCAGCCGAAAGUUCAUUAAAUGGCCUGAACAAAAGUAUGACUACUGAAACUGCUGAAUUAAAACUAAAUGAGGCUAAAAAGGAAAUUCCUCAACUAAUGAGUAAAUUACAAAGUUUAGAAUCGAAUACAUCUCGAAUUGGUCCAGAAGAAAAAGAAACUCUGAUGAAAAAUAAAGUGAAAUGCUCGAAAGAGUUACAGAAAAGAAAGCGUUUAGCGAGUGAUAUGUUAGAUGCCAUACUAGAAGGUUACCCAAAAGGUAAAAAACAAUUGUAUGAAGAAAUUGGAAUUGAAGUAGAUUGAUGAUUAGAAUAACUUUUAUAAAAUGUAAUAGUUUCUGUUCAUUAAAAUAUAUUUGAUGCAUUUUUUAUUUUUGCAAAUGGAAAAGUAUACUUCCCAACAUUAUAAAUAUUCUUUAUAUUAUUCAAAGACAGAUUUUAUUAAAUUCAUUGCACUAUUCAGCUAUUUAUGUAUAUACUAGAAUUUACACUCACAUUCAUAUAAUGUAGAGCCCAGUCAGCUUUUGAACAGUGAGAAAUUCACAUGUUUUAGAAAAUUAAAACUGGAGCAGAUU